UCGAUGAAAUAGACAUUUGUUUAAUGCAACAUCCCACUACAGUUUUUGGGACAUCUCCCAAUAAUAAUAAUACAACAUGCACUUAAAGUAUAUUAUUUUAUACAAGCAAUAGACAUAAUCUCGUGAUUAUCUCCAAAUUUAAGGCUACUCUUCCCCUCCUGAAAUCAUGUAUAUAAAUACCCUUCUGCUAACAGUUUCCUCAGGAAAUUCUCAACGAGCUCAAACCAACUCACUCUUAAGUACUAAGCAUCGUCUUUCUCAAACUCACUUUUCCCCACUCUUUUCCGUCACUUUCCAGAGAAAAUGUCUCCGGGGAUGGGAAAAUGCAACAGCAUCCGCCGCAUUGUCAGAAUCCGACAGAUGCUCCAGCGCUGGCGCAAGAAGUCGCUCAUCACGGCCUCGCGUGCGCCGUCCGAUGUUCCGGCUGGACACGUGGCGGUCUGCGUGGGGAGCAACUGCAAGAGAUUCAUUGUGCGCGCGACGCACUUGAACCACCCAAUCUUUAAGAGACUUCUCGUGCAGGCCGAGGAGGAGUACGGGUUCUCGAACCAAGGCCCUCUAGCGAUCCCGUGCGACGAGUCGCUCUUCGAGGAGGUCAUCCGAGUCGUGUCGAGUAACUCAUCCCGAUCCUCGAGUCUCGAAGACUUCCAGAGGUGUUGCCACGUGGAAAUCCGGAGCCAUCUUAACUUCUUGGGUGAAUCCGGACCGUUGCUUCGCGCGUCUUCUGAAAAAUCAAUCUGCUGAA